GGUAGUACUCGUUAUAAUUGCUGAUAUUAUUCUGUAUCUCUUCAGGACGGCGGGACGCCCCUGUUCGUGUCCUGCCAGUGCGGUCACCUGGACGUCGCCAAGGAGCUCAUCAACCGCGGCGCCAACGUCAACGCCCACAUGAAGGACCGCGCCACGCCGCUGUUCAUGGCGUCACAGAACGGCCACGGCCGCGUGGUGCUGCUGCUGCUGGAGCACGGCGCCGCGGUGGACGCCCGGCGCACGGACGGCGCCACCCCGCUGUGGAUCUCGGCGCAGAUGGGCCACGAGCGGAUCGUGCGCGUGCUGCUGCGGCAGGGCGCCGCCGUGGACACCACCAGACACGACGGCGCCACUCCGCUGUUCAAGGCGGCGCACAAGGGACACACCACCGUGGUGGACGAGCUGCUGCAGUACAGGCCCAGCCUCAAUCUGCUGCCGAACGGUGAGAGCGCCCUGCACGCCGCCGCGCUCUUCGGCCACCUCGCCGUCGUCCGCAAGCUCCUGGCGGCCGGGAGCGACCCGUCGCUUCGCAACCAGGAGGGGAUGACGGCCGCACAGCUCGCCGCCGACAACAAGCACCGCGCCGUGGUGGACCUGCUCACCCACGCCGCGCGCAGCUAGCACAGCCAGCCCCUUCCACUGCCGUCAUACCGCCGUCCGAAAUGAUAUGAUAUGAAAUGGGGAGGGAAUGCAAUAUUUUCUGAUAUUUUUGUACUUGGCUGUUUUUAUUACGAUGAACCGCCGGUUCCAUUCCGUGCGGUCCGCCGUGUACAGCUUUGCAAACGUGAUGGCCUUGUGAAGUAUUAUUGUUGCUAAGUUUAUGUGUAAUUGUUCGUAUUUGACUUAUUUAUGAAUUGUUUAAUUAUGUUCGUUGUUACGUUAAGAGUUAUUUUCCCCCCUGCGUGGGGGGUGUAGUACUUUGAGGAAUGAGAUGUGGAACAUCAAGUCUAGUCUUGUAACGCUCCAAUCGUCGCAUUGGCGCGCGUCUGGGAUGGAGUUCGAAAGGGACCAUGCCUCCUCUCCGCCCAUUCGUUUAUGUAAUUCGUGUAUAGGGUCGAGCUCACAGAUCUUCUUCCAUAUCGUUAACUGCUGGGCCGCUUUUGGACAAUCGGUCUUUUUGCGAAACUCCGCACUCCAGACAUUUCAAAAAUUUAUAUCCUUCUAUGAAUCAUCUUUUCUUCCUGGCACAAAACUUACCCGAUCGUUCUGUUUUGUUUGUGUGACUGCAAUAAUUUUAGUAAACGUUAUGACCUUCGUUAAUAAAGAAUGUUAUUGUUGAA